GAACGCAAAAGACGAAGAAGGUUUCUCUCGGAGUCGGCGGUACCUUGGUGGAGCUAGCGCAGAAUCCCGAACGGGGUAGCUGGGCCAAUCCCAUCGAGUUUGUUCUAUCCUGCAUCGGGUAUGCCGUUGGCAUUGGCAAUGUUUGGCGUUUCCCUUACCUUGUAUAUCGUAAUGGCGGUGGUGCCUUUUUAAUUCCAUUCAUUUUAAUGCUGAUAACCAUGGGAUUACCAAUAUUCUUUUUGGAACUCGCGAUCGGACAGUAUUCCGGACUUGGCCCUAACGAGGCGUUCACACGUAUGGCGCCGGCACUCGAAGGCCUCGGUUAUUGCACCCUCGUCGUCAUUUUGCUCGUAAUGGUGUACUACAUGGUGAUCGUAGCCUGGACACUCUUCUACACGUUCGUCUCGUUCGUGCCGAAGCUCAGUUGGGCCUACUGUGACAACGAUUUCAACACGAACAAUUGUUACAGCGGCCUGCAAGAGAUCCAAUGUCAAAUGGAUGAUCCGGAAACGAUAUUUUACAACAAGACCUGUAUGCCGGCCAGCCAGGUCUGCCGGAGCUUUGGUUUCGAGUGUGGCAACAUCACGCAUUGCUUCGACCACGUCAGAGUGAUACCACUUCGGCAACUUUACGAUCGGAUCCUUUCCUCUGAGGAAUAUUUCAAUGACUAUGUAUUGGGACUGCGCGGAGCCACGUGGGAACAUUUCGGAGGCAUAAGAUGGGAAUUGUUAGGGUGUCUCACCCUCGCCUGGAUAAUCUGCUUCUUGUGCCUGAUGCGUGGUGUCCAGUCCAUUGGGAAGAUCAUCUACUUCACCGCUCUUUUCCCUUACGUCAUGCUUACAGCGCUACUGAUACGAGGUGUCACAUUAGAUGGUGCUAGCGAAGGUUCUCUUUGGUUCAUCACACCAAAUUGGUCGAGACUAGAAACCACUGGUGUCUGGGCUGAUGCAGCAUCUCAAGUUUUCUAUUCCCUUGGUAUAGGUUGUGGAUCUUUGAUCACCCUUUCGAGCUAUAGUAACUUCAAUAACAAUUGUCACAGGGACGCAAUCUUCGUGACCUUCACGAACCUAGCCACGUCGGUGUUCGCCGGUUUCGUGAUUUUCUCCAUUAUGGGGUUCCUGUCCCGCCAAAUAGGGGUGCCGGUGGACGAAGUGAUCAAAAGUGGCGCGGGCCUGGCUUUCAUCGCGUAUCCGGAAGCCGUAGUGCGAAUGCCGUUGCCGAACCUCUGGGCCGUACUGUUCUUCUUCAUGCUGUUCAUCCUCGGUAUCGGUAGCCAAUUCGCAGGCGUGCAGGCGAUAAACACCGCCAUAUUGGACCUGCGACCAGAUUUACGAAAACACGAGAGCUACGUGGUAUUAGGGAUAUGCGUCACUUGCUGGCUCCUUGCUAUACCGAUGGUGUUCGAUGGUGGUAUUUACCUGUUCACGCUGAUGGACUGGAACACUGCUUCUUGGGCGAUACUAUUGAUCGGCAUUGCAGAGGUUGGCGUGGUAGGCUGGUGUUACGGCUGCAACAAAUUCCUGCGUAACAUAGCCGAAAUGCAAAUGCGGUUCAGGCUCCACAGAUAUUGGUGGCUCAGCUGGGUCGUGCUCGCGCCUAUCACUUGUCUGGUGGUGUUCGUGUAUCAAAUAUGUACGUACGAGAUGCCUUAUUAUGGCGAGUACAUAUUCCCGAGCUGGGCGAAUGCGAUCGGAAUACUGAUCGGCCUGUCGACCCUCGCCCCGAUGCCGUUCUUUUUCAUCCGUCGUCUCUGGAAGGGUCCGAGGGACCUGAGUUUGUUUCGACCGAAGAAGACAUGGGGGCCGGCCGUGGGACAACACACAGGUAACGACAGUUCGUCCACAGCGUCCAUCAAGAUUUCGCAGUCGUACGAGGAUAAACUGGGAGAGAAUUACAUUUAACGACAAAAUUGUCUUUCCCUUUCACACGAUUCUAGUCACAUCGAUUCGGAUGUUAAUCGCCUGAUUACAGCGUACGAAAACGCUCUCUUCGCUAUUAACGCUAGAACUACCAGUAAUGUGUAUCUAAACAUUGUAUACAUAGGUAACCACGAUUAAAAUGUUAUACCGAAAACAAUUAGACAUAUAUAAUUACGUUUCUAUCCCUACGAAGGUCAAUAUUAAUUUUUACACGAACUGUACGUUAAUGACUGUAGAAAAAGUAAAAAUGUCUGAAAACCAAUAUUUUGAUUAAUUUGACAGUUCUGAUAUUAAAUAUUCCAAAUAUAAGUAAAAUACUACUUUUACAUAUUAAAGUAGUAUUCUCGCGAAGCAAUCGCAAGAUAGGUUAGGAAGCAGCCAUUUUGAUUAGUUGGGUAGUUCUAGUGUUGACCGCUAGAGUGCCAAGAACCGCGAUCGUCACAUUCGGAUUCUGUGUCUAGAACUGCCAAUAUUUGAGCUACGAUAUACAGGGUGAUUCUUUCGUUAAGAAAAAUAUUGUAACAUUUUUCAAUCGAUUCUCAUAAGAACUUAAUAGAUUCAGUAAAUUUGGGGAUCCGAAAUGCUCUCCAGCGAAGUAGAGACUGUGUGACUCUACAAAUAUAUCAAAAACUAUUUAAUAAUUGUCGUU